CGUAAGCACUGAGAUACUCUCUCUCACCUGCACGACAAGCGAGAGAGAGAGAGAGAGAGAGAGAGAGAGAGAAACGGCUGAGUGGGUUGGCACGUGCCCUAAUGCCCCACCCAACUAAACCCCUAAAACCCCGCCUCUUUAAAAUCUCAGUCACCUGAGACCCCGGCGCCGUGCCCCACCGCUCAAUUCGCCGCCGUCCACGUUUCACAAAACCUCUGUAAAAUCCUUUCCUUGUAUGUUUUGUGUUUCCCUCAAAAACCCCUCCAGCCGCCACGAAGGCCUUCUUCCCUCCGCCUAUUUUCGUAAUUUCCCCUUUCUUCAAGCUUUUUCCAUGCUUCCGGAACAAGCACGCUCUAUAGAGAGAGAGAGAGAGAGAGAGAGAGGAGAGAGAGAGAGAGAGAGUCAGGCUGGCGGAGACCAUGGGUGCUCUCGCUCCGUUCUCUCAGUGGAUUCCCGCGGAUGAUAUUCUGCUCAAGAAAGCUGUUGAGGAUGGUGCUUCCUUGGAGUCACUUGCUAAAGGUGCAGUGCAUUUUUCUCGAAGAUUUACUGUUCGUGAACUGCAAGAUCGGUGGUAUUCUCUCCUGUAUGAUCCAGUAGUUUCUGAAGAUGCUUCUGCUCGCAUGAUUGAGUUUGAGAGUUCCACAACAACUGUUCCAUUUGACAGGACAGGAAAUUCAAAAGGAAAAAAAUGUGAGUCUGGGAAGAGAAAAGCUGAAAGUGUUUGUAGUAGUUACUAUGCAAUGCGUAAAAGGAUUUGCAAUGAGCCGUUUAAUUCCAUGGGCCUUAAUUUUCUUGUUGCACCAGGUAAUAACAACUAUGAUGGAAAUGGAGAUGAGCCUCUUUACGGAAAUUCGUCAGAUAUGGAUGCAAUGCAAAAUCUGAUGGAUGUUGGCACUGAUGAUACUUUUCAUAUGCUCCAGAACCCGGAUGGGAAUGAUUUUCAUAUGGAACAAGGUAAUAUUCAUGAAGAUAUUAUGACAUGGAAUGAAUCUAAGGUGGAUGAAUUCAAUCAUCCGGAAGGAUUGCCAGAUUGCAGCCUGUUCAAUGCCGAUGACAUAGGAAUGAAACCUCUGUUUACACUAGAUCAAAUUAAUGGCAACGAGGGAAACAUGUGCACAGAGUUUGAAGGGAACAAGGCCUUUAAUUCACCUGUUUCAAACACUGGUGCAUUGUUUAACAACUUGGAGUAUUCAUCUCCACUUCCAGCUAUGCCAGUUGAUGUUGAUCUUAGAGAACAUGAUAUAUGCACCAGUGAUUCUUUUGAACUUCAUGAAAACAUCGAUGCUAACAAGGCAAGAACAACAGAGGAUGAUGCUCAUAUUGGGAUGGAGGUGGCCACUGAAAUGCCAUGCUGUGAUUUCCAGAGUUCUGCAGCUCCUGUUUGUAAUGAAGGUUAUUUGGCAGAAUUGUCCAAUUCGCUUUUAAACUUUACGAAUGAGGAGCUCAUGCUCGUGACUGCUGAUGGAAAAGAUGUGAUUGAUAAAUCUUACUAUGAUGGCCUGAGCUCUCUUUUGUUGAGUUCACCGAAAAGGAUCCCAAAUGCUGAUGAACAUAUAGUCUGCCAUUCAGACACUCCAAUGCUAUCAUCUUCAACAGCUUCGAACUAUCAAAAUCCUGAAUUGAGGGAUGGAUUUAUCUGCUGCACAUUAAACACCGAGGACCCAGAAAUCCCAUGCAAUGGUGAUAUUUUUCUACCAAAUCGUUCAUCAACUUCUGAAGGGAAUAAGCCAAUAUCUUUGUGCACUAGUGGUUUCCCUGUUAAUAAGAGAAAUAAUCACACAGGGCCGUGCUUUAUGCAUAAAGAGCGAAAAAAUCUUGGAGAACCUCAUAGUACCUCUCAGAUUAAAGGAUCACAUUUCUUACAAGAAAAGGGUCGAAAAUCUCCACUAGGUAAUUUCGGAGUGAAAUUUGAGCUGUCUGAUGUCCCCAGUGAUGUGGCAUCUAAGAAUGCAGGUCAUGUUGGUGAAGGUCUGGGCCAAAUUGAUUCAGCCAAUCCAAGUACAAGUGUUCAACCUGGAAUCCUGAAGGAAGGCACUAGAGAGAGUAUGUCGGAAAAGCAUCUCAGUUAUAACUCAACUGAGUUUCAUGUGGAGAACCCAGAUUCUGGUGUCAUUAAAAGGAGCUUGAUCCAUCAGCUACAAUUAGGGACGAUAUAUCAUUACAUACGGAAGGGAUGCCCAUGUAUAUUGCUGAACCAAAUUAAAUCCCGAUACAUCGGAUCAGCUGGGGCUUUUGAGAGCGAUGAUGAUAUACCAUGCUAUUCGGAUAUAGAGGCAAUGGUACUUGAUAUGGAUUUGGACCCAGAUGACCAGGAUUUGUGUUCUAGUGAGGAAGUCUCAAAAUAUCAGGAUGAGGACGCUAAGAGGAGAAUCAUAAGGCUGGAGCAGUGUGCUUAUUCAUAUUUGCAAAGAGCCAUUGCAUCUCAUGGAGCUUUUGCCAUUUUGUAUGGACGUCAUUCUAAGCAUUACAUUAAGAAGUCGCAGGUUCUAUUGGGUAGAGCAACAGACGAUUCUGUUGUUGACAUUGACUUGGGAAGAGACGGUCGUGGUAAUAAGAUCUCUCGGAAACAGGCAAUGAUAAAUAUGGAUAAAGAUGGAUCCUUCCAUCUGAAAAAUCUUGGGAAGUGUUCAAUCUCGGUAAAUAGCAAGGAAGUAGCCCCUAGACAGAGUCUAAGCCUCAGUUCAAGUUGCUUGAUUGAGAUACGGGGAAUGCCAUUCAUAUUUGAGAUGAACCAAACACGCGUGAAGCAGUAUUUGGAAAGCAUCCCCCAAUAACUGAAGGCAAAGAGCACCGAUUGUGAAUGAUAGCGGUGGUGCCAAGAACGGUACAGUAUUCAGAAGGUGCUAAUUUUUCCUGCAGCUUCUGGGGUUCACUAGUUGAAGCCACUUCUCUUCUGUUGUAUACAAUUGUCGUUGAAGAAGGUGGUCUGUAAUUUGACAACAUAUUUACUUUCUGCUUAUUGUUUUUCUAUUCGAACUCAUAAAUCAAUAGGACCACAGUUUGUUUUUCUU